AUGAUCAGGUUGAAGGGCUGUGCCGACAUUGACGAGCCUCUCACCCUUCUUUCCGACGUCGGAGCGUUCAAGGCCUGGCUGAGGAGCGAGCCCACGUGGGGGCACGCGGCCGAGACCGCCGAGGGUAUCCUCCGUUCGCUGCUCGAACUGCCGGUCCUCAGGGGGCUGGUGGAGAGGGCCAGGCAGAGGUGGAUGUGCCCCGAGGCGUACCAGGCGCUGCGACAGGAGAUCCUGGAAGCAGCGCACGACAGGUUCAGGUUUCCCGAGUUGAAGAAGAAGGAAAGGAAGGCGGCGGCGGAUGGAAAGGUCGAGACAGCCGUCGUGGAGCAGAGCGCCGGCAAGGGACCUGUAAGGAAGGCGGCGGCAUCCACGAGGAAGCAGAAAGGGAAGAAGAAGGACAAGGAGGAGGAAAAGAAGACCGGGGGGCAGAGGAAAUCGACCGCUGCGGGGAUGCGGCGGAGCACGGCUCGGUCACCAUCAGACGCCGACCGCUCGUCCGGGGCGGCAGAGGCGCCUUCUCCUCCUUCCAGGACUGUCGUCACCACCGACCAGCCUCCCGCCGCCGGCAAUAGCACGGCCAAGAGCAAGUGCAAGCGGCGGUCCAGCAUCGCGUGACCGCAGUUACAAGGAGUAGCCCGACACCUAUCUGUAGCCCAAACGAAGCCAGGCAGCGAGCAUGGUCGUGUAUAUGUACGCCUCGGAAACCAGUUCGUUCUUCUGUGGCGGCCCACAGACCCUGGCAACAGAAGCAGCGUUGAAAAUAACCUGCUGCGGGCGGGAGUUACGUUUUGUCAACCGGGGGCCGCAAGUACGUGGUUGUCCUUUAUGUAUUGUACAAUUUUGAGGGUGGUACGACGGUCAGCAACCAGCCCGGAGGUUAUUUCUGUAAGUUUAGGGAUGCCGCCCCAGCUGUCGUGCCGAUUCUGAUACGAGGGACGAGAUGGGUACAACUUCUUCGGAGGCUACAAUAGCGAAGCUUAUUAGCGUGGUUCGAUGAACGCACGAGGUGGUUUACUACGACGUACGCUCCCUUGCUGAGGGUACGGGCGCCUGGUGCAAUGACAGCGUUUAAUUAUUAUGCAUUUGCUGUUUCUAAGAAGACGAAUGGGUGUUGUCUUUAUGUGAAGUAUACCCGUUGCCUGCUGUCGUCUUCGGGGUAGUAAGUCGUAGGGAUACCUGCAGUAUUAAAUUAUCAGCAGGGGCGCUUGGUUGUGUUCGUACAAUAUCAUCAUAGGCCCUCACAUUCCCAAUAAGUCGGAACGAGUACCCCAAGCCUUCCCACUUCACCC